CGGCUCUGGAUGCCGGGGUCCGGGCCGCAGCUGCGAGGCCAGAUUCAACCCCGCGGGCCUAGGGUCUGGAGUGGGAGCCGCGGGUGCAGGAGAGGGCGGGACAAGAGAUGCCUUUCUGCUGCACUUUCUCUUGGCAUUCAUGAGGUUGCCUAGCCGCGCUUCAGAGAGAUUUGUAUUCGCUCGGAGUCCGUCUGACAAGUGAGGAAACAGAGCGAGAAUUUGAAGGCGUAGCCAUCUCCUGGGCCACGCUAAGAGGAAGCCAGGGACCAAGACCGCGGGGUCUGCACUCCCAGGCCUGCUGGGGUCGAUGCGCGUGGGGAGCAAGAGCCCGGCUCCGUCCCCUGCACCCCACUGCACCCCUCGCCCCUGGAGGAGGCUCCGCGGAGGAGGAGCUCGGGACGCGGAGGAGGAGCCAGGACAGACUCUGGGAGCUGGGACACGAUCCUCCGGGGUAAGAGGCAGAGCCCGGGAGGAACCCCGUCAGCCGGGCGGGCAGAAAUCUCCGGGAGCAGCAUCAUGGAAGAGAAACAGAUUUUGUGCGUGGGGCUAGUGGUGCUGGACAUCAUCAGUGUGAUGGACAAAUACCCGGAGGAGGACACGGACAGCAGGUGCUUGUCCCAGAGAUGGCAGCGUGGAGGCAACGCAUCCAACUCCUGCACUGUCCUCUCCCUGCUUGGAGCCCCCUGUGCCUUCAUGGGCUCGCUGGCCCCGGGCCACGCUGCCGAUUUUGUCCUGGACGACCUUCGCCGCUAUUCCGUGGACCUACGCUACACGGUCUUUCAGACCACGGGCUCCAUCCCCAUUUCCACAGUCAUCAGCAGCGAGGCCAGUGGUAGCCGCACCAUCCUACAUGCCCACAGCUUCCUGGUGGCUGACUUCAGGCAGCGGGGCGUGGACGUGUCUCAGGUGGCCUGGCAGAGCAGCGGGGAAGCCCCGUGCUCUUGCUGCAUCGUCAACAGCUCCAAUGGCUCCCGUACCAUUGUGCUCUACGACACGAACCUACCAGAUGUGUCUGCUAAAGACUUUGAGAAGGUUGACCUGAGCCGGUUCAAGUGGAUCCACAUUGAGGGCCGGAAUGCAUCGGAGCAGGUGAAGAUGCUGCAGCGGAUAGAACAGCACAACGCCAGGCAGCCUCCGGAGCAGAAGAUCCAGGUGUCUGUGGAGGUGGAGAAGCCGCGAGAGGAGCUGUACCAGCUGUUAGGCUACGGAGACGUGGUGUUUGUCAGCAAAGAUGUGGCCAGGCACCUUGGGUUCCACUCAGCGGAGGAGGCCCUGAGGGGCAUGUACGGUCGCGUGAGGAAGGGGGCUACGCUGGUCUGUGCCUGGGCUGAGGAGGGUGCCGAUGCCCUGGGCCCUGAUGGACGGCUGCUCCACUCCGACGCUUUCCCACCGCCCCAGGUGGUGGACACUCUGGGGGCCGGAGACACCUUCAACGCGUCCGUCAUCUUCAGCCUGUCCCAGGGGAAGAGCAUGCAGGAGGCACUGAGCUUUGGCUGCCAGGUGGCGGGCAAGAAGUGUGGUCUGCAGGGCUUCGAUGGCAUCGUGUGAGUGCCCUGUGGCAGGAAGCGCCGGCUCACAUCCCCACCCCAGGCCAGCAUCACUGGCUGCUGUCGCCCUCUCUUCUCUGGCCAGCUGGCAUCUGGCUGCCUUACCCCCUGGGCGGAUGCAGGCUGUGGGAGGGCUCCACCUGUGACCUGGCAUCUCAUAUGGCAGAGCUGCAGAGCAAAUAAAUCUUCCCCAGAGCCA